GAAACGUCGUGUCUGUACUUUGCUUUCGGUGUGGGCGGGGCUUCAGCGCUCCACGCUGCUGACAGAGCGCGCGGCGGCUCUAGUCACCAGGACAACCUGUUGACAGCCGUUAAAAAGAUAAGGAAACACUGCGUAGUUCAUUUUUUUGUUGACUUAUUUUUUAUUUUCUUACGUUUUCGGGACUUUUAAGUGCUUUUUAUGGAAAUGUAGCUUGAAAGUUUUGAGUAAACUGGGAGUGUGAAGUUUUGUGGUUGGGUUUGAGGAGCAGCGUCUGGAGAUCACCGUUUAAGAGAGAGAGGAGCUGGAUAACUAAGUUAAGUUAGCGAAACUUCACCACAGUAUGAGAAUAACUUCAGAACUGAAGGAUGAAGGACUUUGGGCUGGAUGUUGUGGAUGAAACAUGAGUUCCUCCACUGUUCUGGCUUGUUUCUGUGCUGUGUCUGGAGAUGCAGAAGCUCUGGAGGCAGGUGCCGUCCGUGCAGCACCCUGAAGCGACCGCCUAACGGAGAAAUAACCGGCUCUAAACGCGUGAAAUGCUCACGUACAGUGUUGUUUACCAAGGCUGGGAAGAUAUAACUUAAUAACACCGCGAAUAACCGCCUGUUCUCCCUCUUUCUCCCACUAUGGGAGUGCUCACCGUGUUCCUGCUGGUUGUCGGUCUGUGGAGAAGCUCUGUGUCCAGCAGGAACUGCCCGGACCUCUUCGUGGACAGCUGCCACUGCUCGGCCGAGCGCUCUAAGGAGCUGAGCCGGCUGCGGGUCCGGGUGAGGGUGGUGUGUGAAGACGCGGAGCUGCUGGACACGCUGCAGCCCGCACUGCUGCCCAACACCACGGUCACACUGGUCCUCAGUGAUAACAAAAUAUCUGUGGUAAAAAACGCCUCGUUCUUCGGGUUACGUGCUUUGGAGAGACUGGAUUUGAGGAGUAAUUUGAUUAGUACAGUGGAGCCUGGAGCAUUCCGUGGACUUGCUAUGCUGAAGAGACUGGAUCUGUCUGACAACCGGAUUGGCUGCCUGUCUCCUGAGAUGUUUCUUGACCUUGGCAAUCUCUCUAAGCUAAAUUUAUCUGGAAAUAUUUUCUCCACGCUGCCUGAGGGGCUGUUCAUGCACUUGACUUCUCUCAAAGUUCUGCACUUCAGCACCGAUUACUUGUUUUGUGACUGCCAGCUGGAGUGGUUGUGGCUGUGGGCCAGAGCCAGAUCCGUACGAGUGGGGAACGACACAGCGUGUGUGUAUCCCACACUCCUCCAUGGCCUUGCAUUCCGCAGUCUCCAAAAACACCAGCUCAUCUGUGAGGCUCCACUGGAGUUGCCUCUGCUGCAGCUGAUCCCAUCACAGAGACAGUUGGUGUUUCGAGGAGAUCGACUGCCCCUGCAGUGCACCGUCUCCUACCUGGAUCCCUCUGUCACACUCACCUGGAGCCAUGAGCAGCAGCCUGUGCACACACAGGAGGAGAGAGGGCUGUAUGUGGAGAAAAGCAUCAUUCAUGACUGUUGUCUUAUCACCAGUGAACUAAUCCUCUCCAACGUGGAUGCUGAUGUUUCCGGUAAUUGGCAGUGCCAUGUGACCAGUUCCCGUGGCAACAGCUCCAUUGGCAUGGAGAUUGUUGUCCUGGAGACAUCUGCAGUGUACUGUUCAGCAGAGAGGGUGACCAGCAACAAAGGUGACUUCAGGUGGCCUAAGACACUGGCUGGCUUCAUGGCCUUCCUUCCCUGUGCAACGCCAGCAUAUAGCUCCAGCUCUCAUGAGAAAAGGGCAUGGCGCCGGUGUGACAAGCAGGGCCGGUGGGCAGAGGAAGACUACAAUCAGUGCCCGUAUGCCAGCAAGUUCACCCGCGUGCUCCAUGAACUUACACAGAUGCCAGUGAACACCUCUAAUGCUCUGGUUCUGGCUCAGCAGCUCUCCUCCUUCACCAGCAGUGCAGCGAUGUUUGGAGACAUGAUGGAUGUCAUCUUUGUCACACACCUGGUAGAGAGGCUCACACGCCUGGUUGAUCGCAUCCGAGAAUUGGGGGACUGUGUGUCAGACAUUGCCAGCAACAUGAUGCAAGUGGAGGAGCACAUCCUGUGGAUGGCUCAGAAUGAAGCUCGAGCAUGUACUCGCAUUGUGCAGUGUGUGGAGCGCAUCGCUGAUCUCAUAUUUAACACACACAGCCAGAACAUCUCAAAGGUCACUCAUAACAUAGCCCUUGAAGCUUUCAUGGUCAGACCCUCCAGUGUAAUGGGUUUGUUGUGCACGGUGGUGCAGCGGACGUCUCUGGCGCCCCCUUUAACUGUCAGUGGUCAAGGCAGGGCUAAUAAGGUUGCUGGGGCUCCAGGAUUACUGGGAAACACUUUCCUCAACUUCAGAUGUCACACGGCUAAUGUCACAGUUUCACCCACAGGCCAGCUCAGUCAGGACGCAGUGGCCGUCGCGUCCAUCCACCUGCCGCUGACCGCCCCGCGCACUGCUGCUGCUGCCGCUGCGCACAACUCCACCUGCAGGCUGCAGCUCAUCGUCUUCCGCAAUGGCAAACUCUUUCCGUGCACGGGCGACUCGUCGAAGCUCGCGGACGACGGCAAGCGCAGGAGCGUCGCCACACCAGUUGCUUUCAUCAAAUUAGAUGGCUGCAGCUCGAGGAGCGCCGUCCAGCCCGUGACCAUCGCCCUCCGGCACUGGGCACUGGGUGCUGACCCCACCGCUGCCUACUGGGACUUCGACCUGCUGGACGGUCACGGGGGCUGGAGGGCAGAGGGCUGCCACAUAACAGCCACUGCAGGCAACACUACCACCAUCUACUGCACCCACCACAACAACUUUGCCGUGCUCAUGGAUCUGAAGAAGGUGCUGUCGUUCCCUCCAUACCCGGGGGAGUUCCUGCACCCGGUUGUGUAUGCGUGCACUGCUGUUAUGCUGCUCUGCCUCUUUGCUUCCAUCAUCACAUACAUAGUGCAUCACAGUGCAAUCAGGAUCAGCCGAAAGGGAUGGCACAUGCUUCUGAACUUCUGUUUCCAUACGGCCCUCACAUUCGCUGUUUUCGCCGGAGGCAUCAACCGCAUCAAAUACCCCAUCUUCUGCCAGGCUGUUGGCAUAGUGCUUCAUUACUCAUCUCUGUCCACUAUGCUAUGGCUGGGAUUCACAGCACGCAACAUCUACAAGCAGGUGACCAAGAAACCCCCCCAACCUCAGGACGGAGACACACCUCCCCACCCAUCCAGAUCUCCCAUGCUAAGGUUUUAUCUAGUCGGUGGUGGGAUUCCCUUCAUUAUCUGUGGCAUUACUGCUGCAAUCAACAUCGAAAAUUACGGCAGUGGAGAGCAAACCCCAUAUUGUUGGAUGGCGUGGGAGCCCAGUUUGGGAGCCUUCUACGGCCCUGUGGCCUUCAUCGUCCUCGUCACGUGCAUCUACUUCCUGUGCACCUUCAUUCAGCUGCGCCGACACCCGGAGAGAAAAUACGAGUUAAAGGCAGUUUCCGAGGAGCAGCAGAGGCUGUCCACGGCAGACGUGGCACACUGUCACCACCAAGGGGAGCCUGGCGUCUCAGGAGGUGAUGGAGGCGGCUGCCACGGGGGCUGCCCAGGGUUAAUUAACCCAUCUUUACUGGCCAACGAGCACUCUUUCAAGGCUCAGCUACGAACGGCCGCCUUCACACUAUUCCUGUUCCUGGCCACGUGGACGUUUGGUGCUCUGGCAGUGUCGCAAGGUCACUUCCUGGAUAUGAUCUUUAGCUGCCUAUAUGGCGCCUUCUCAGUGACACUUGGCCUCUUUGUGCUUAUCCACCACUGCGCCAAGCGAGAUGAUGUCUGGCACUGCUGGUGCACCUGUUGCCCUGGUAGGCACGCCAGUGGCUGCCAGGGUCACACACAUGCUCACACGCGCCCUAAAGUCAACGUAAAUGGGGACACGCACGGGCAUAGCCAUGCCCACAGCCACGCACACUGCCACCUGGACUCCCCAUGCCCUGGUAAAUCGAUCCUUAGCCACUCACACUCGCAUGGCCUCUGCAAGCUGAGUGGAAUGAAUCCACAAAAUCAUGUGACCUGCCUGACCCCGGUGACCCCGUGCUGCGCUGCCCUGCACACACAGCAGCUUCUAGAGGAGGAACGUGCCACGCCUCACCUUCUGCUCCACGCUGACCCUGAGGGCUACCGGCCCGCACUGCACGUGCACCGCUGCCCCAAGAGCAGCAGGACUAAGGGGCGUCCAGCAGGGCGACACCGGGACGGUGCAGAGCUUACCUUUCAUAUCCCGGCCAGCGUGGACGGGGGCAGCGUGCACAGCUCGCACACUGACAGUCCACACAGCACCUGUGAGCGCCAGGGCCACCUCUGCCACCAUGCCUACACCCACCAUGAGGCCCCCCUAUGCCACGCCACCCCCCUGUGCCACCGGCACGUGUGCUGCACCAAGGCGGAGCUUUUUCCCCCGCCCCUGUGCCAAGCGGAGAGCGCAGAAGCUGGAAGCUUCCUGUGUGGCUGCGGGAAAAUUGCGGAGGACGACCCGGCGACAACCCAUCACAGCCACAUAGAGCUCCACCCUCGCAGACAGUCGUUCCCACAGACCUUGCCCAGCCAGAAUGGGCUUCUGAAAGGAAGCGUGCAUGAAGGGCUGCUGUACCCUUCUGACAGCACAGGGAAUAUACGCACAGGACCCUGGAGAAAUGAAACUACUGUGUAGUUCAAGGGCUUGCAUCAGUCUAACCACUCACCUCUAGGAUUUAAAGAUCGAAUCGGAUAUUAAAUAGAAAUUCAUGAGAUUAAUUUGGUUUCAGAUUUGGUCUAAUAAUAUUGCAAUCAUUUCAUUCAUUAUUUCAUUGUUUUUUGCCCCUUUUAUUGCUCAUUGAACAUCAAAUUCACACUAUCAAGACGGAUACAAGUCCACAUGGAUCUCACACUGAGAUAAAAACAAAAGAACAAAAGGUUGUUUUCUGCAAAUUUUGGGUUUCAUCCUGUCUCUCUAAUUUACGAUUUUGAUAACAACCACAGAGGUAAUGGUAUUACAAUAUUACUGCAAGAAACAAAUCAAGUCAUCGAAGUGAGCAUGUGUUUGAGUGUGCCUGUGUGUAAGCUGGUGUGUGUAUGCUUGAAUGUAAUGUAUGGAUGUUUUGCAAUGUCUUAAAUUCAAAUGCGACUGGAUGUUGGUAAAAAGAUUAAUGUGUAACAUGAGAUGCUAGAUGAUGCUCUAAGCUUAUGUUACUGAAUAACGUUAACGACAGUCCCAAAGCACCCAGAUCAUUAAAAACAAACAUACUUAGAAUAAAUCUCGAGUGUCCAUGUGCAAAAGGAGAUCACCAGCAAUUUUAACCCAUCUGUGUCCAUGAUUUAACACCCAUGCUUACUAUAUACUGUGAACAACAGCUGAAUCUUAGUAAUAUACAAAACAAACCUUAAAAAAAAAAAAAAAAAAAAAAAAACUGCUUCUAUCCGUUCUGUUCUGCCUCUCUGGGUGUGCAAGCUAAAAAGAAAACAGAGAUCCUGUCUGGUUGUUUUACUGCAGAUGAUGUGUUAAUUAUGCUGUUUCUGUGGUGAAUCACUGUCCUGUCAUCAUGGAGACUUUUGUUCAACCGUCCUAUUGUGCUAACCUCCGGUGCUAGAAGGACAAUUAACAUUAUUACAUAAUCGUAGUCCAUCAGUCAUCAGCCAGCUGUAGCAGGCAGACCAAGCUAGUCACCACUGAGAAGGUAAACCCAAUACAAACGCAAUCACACACGCGAUGUGACCUAUUCACUUGGAUAUGAUAUGGCUUUUAAUUUUUUUAUCACUGUAUUAAUGAAAAUUUUACCCUUUUUAGCAGAUUUAUUUAUUUGUUUGUUUGUUUGUGUGUGUGUAUUUCGGCCAUUUAAGACUGCCAUGCAGUGCUUGGGUUCUGUCUGUAUGUGACUCUACAUGCCAUGUGUGCUCUAUUUGUAUGACUGUAAUGCCAUGUCCUUUUCCUCCCACAUGAAAAAAGAAGUCAGAGAGGGAGUCAGAGACGAGUCAGAGAGAAGACACUGCUGCAAUUUCCCAGACCACACUGCUUUUAGUCUACAGUUUACAUUUUGGGGGCCUGCUGUCUAUCUUUUGUACAAUCUUUAUUUCUGUACUUAUUCAGUCAGACGUCACGACUGAAAAGCUACUACAUUCAUAAAGCAUAUAAGAAGUAGCUGGAGGAGGCAACAGAAAAAAAACAUAUAGUAUGAAAAGUCAAUGGAAGCGUUUUAGCCUAGAUUUUAUGGUCUUUUUUUUGCUGGCUGCAAAGAGUCCUGUGAUCAAGGAAUACAGAUUUUAACCUAUUUAUCAAACUUAUAUGAGUAUAAUGAAGAUAUAGUCAACAACAGACAUGUAUGCAAGUUGUGCACAAAGAUUUAUAAGAUCAACUUAUAUAUCCCUCUUUUUUGGUUAUUGCUCAGUAUCUGAGUUUAGAUUUUAUUGUAUUGUUUUUUUUUUUAUGCAUCUCUGUCACUGCAGGUGUCUGAUCAUUGGGAAUACACUGUGACAUUUGUUUCCAAUGGGGUGAUGGAAAAUGCAAAGAGUUUCAGCAGUCCUAGUAGGUUCCCCACCUUUGUUUUUUU